AUGGAUAAAACUUUCAUGGAGAGACAUGGUUAUACAUUUAGGAGCUGCUUGGGAGAAGGUGCUUUUGGUAAAGUUGUGAAAGCAUACUCGAUUACCAUGAAGAAACUGGUUGCCAUAAAGGUCAUCAACACAAAACAAGUCAGUUCCAGUUGCAAGGAAAAGUUUGUGUCCCAUGAGAAAAAGAUUAUUAGGUCUCUUAACCACCCCAACAUCAUCAAGACUCAUAACAUCUUUGAAUCAAGGCUGGGCACGGUCUAUGUGGUGAUGGAAUUCUGUGUGAAAGGAGACCUCUCAAACUACAUUGCUGUCAAAGGGGCCUUACCUGAAUCGUCCAGCUGCAGGCUCUUCAAACAGCUAUGCAAUGCCUUUCAGUAUCUUCAUAGCAUGGAUGUGGCUCACAGAGACCUUAAAUGUGAAAAUCUGCUACUGGACAUGCAUUUCAACCUCAAAGUGUGUGACUUUGGGUUCAGCAAGAAGCUAUCUUAUGUAAAUGGUCAGAUGGCGUUGAGUGAAACCUACUGUGGCACUCCAUCGUAUGCAGCACCAGAGAUUGUAAAAAAUGUUCCAUACAACCCAAAAGUGUCUGAUGUGUGGAGCAUGGGUGUUGUACUGUAUGUGAUGCUCUAUGGAUCAGUACCCUUCAAUACCUCCAACAUUACGAGGAUGGUAAAAAAGCAAAUGGAGCAUCGCAUUGACUUUCCAAGAAUUCCGCCUGUAUCAGCUGAAGCAAAGGACCUCAUCCAACGCAUUCUGCACCCUGUUGUGGAGCAGCGCAUUACAAUUAGAGAAAUAUUAAAGAGUUCAUGGACAUUGCAGGAAGGGAAAAUGCAGGAUAGUAAUGAGGACUCUACAUCAAAUGCAGGCUCCAGACAGAAAGUACAUCCAAAAGAAAAGACCAAAGAGGAUGAGCAACCAAGCAGUUCAGAUGCAGAGGAAGGACCAUCAGCUGUUGGCCAAAGAUGA